GUCAAAAUGACAAUUUUAUAAAUUGAAACAGUAUUUUUAUGUAAACGUAUAUUUAUAAAUUAUUUGUUAUACAAUGACUGCUUUGGGAGAUCUUCCUGAAGUGAUGUCGUUUUUUGGUACCGAUCUCAAAACAGGAUCGUUGAUAAUCGCAGCACUUGGCAUUGUUCAUCCAAUGGCAUUUGGUUGUUCGUUUUUUAUGCCACUGAGCUACUUGCUCGUCACAAUUUGGCUGCUCGUUGCCUGCUACUUCGCAGCUAGUGUCUGUUUGUUUUUUGGUCUUAAUACGAGUGAUUCAUUUCUGAUCGCACUCUGGAUAUGGUACGCGGUUAUCUUCGUGGUGGUGAUGUUGAUGAUGAUGAUUCUGCUCGCCCUCGUGUACACAUCACGUCGGCAGAGGAGUAGAGUGUUAGUUGUUAUACUGGGAAUGCUCUGGUAUAUACUAACAGUAUAUUUCAUCCUGGUAGUGAACAGUCAUCGAAAUACCUUGUUAAAAGAACAUAGUUUAGAUGAAAAAAUUACUGAUAAGAAGUUUUAAAAUAUAUUAUAUUUUUGAAAU